CAAAAACAUGGGUGAAAAAUAUGUUGAUUUUAUUACCAAUCUUUAUCAGGAAGGAUUGCAAUAGAAUGAAAUGAAACUACCAGAUUUUAUGCAAUAUCACAUUUAUCAAGAGUAAAUUUGAAAUUCAUCAGAUUUAAAACUAAGUCAAUGGUUGUAGUUAUAGAUAGCAAAUUGGAGCUUCAGAAGUCUGCUGAAUCAAAGGAAUACAAGUUCAUUGAAUUUGUGGUUGAUGAUAGAAGAAUAUUUGUUCACUUGAAUCCACUUCCUCAAUAUGAUAGCAAAGGCGAUCCCAAACUAGAUGAAUAUUAGUAUGCAGCUCAUAUUCUAUUAAAAGCUAAUAGAGAAGGAAGCAGUAUCCUCACGAUCUAUUUGAUCAAAGUCAGAGUUAACAUUCAGAGUGGCACAAAUAAUUUGAAUAUAAAUAUUAUUAUGAAAAGUGA